AUGAAAGAAACUGUCAACAACCUGGCAGUAACACGCACACUAAGUUUCAUCCAACACAAGGUGCGGCUCAGAGCAAAAAACGACCUACAGCCACCAUGUCUCAUUUUAAUUCUAACAAACUACAUCUCUAUGCGCCCACGAACAAGUGCAAUGGCCACAGAAUGUGCAUUACGCCAAAAAGGCCUAAAUAGGGGGCCAAAAAUGAAACAAUAA